GUUGAUUUUGACCUCAGAAUCGGACCACCUCAUGUAAUAAACAAGGACUCCGAGACUCUUCAACCGGUCAGAUUAUCUUAGGUUGAGUUAGGUUGUGGAGCUUACUCAAUAUCAGAUGAAUUAAGCCCGAUGAGGUACACGCUCUGACACAUGUGAAUAUAUAUACUUGAAAAAUAAGAUGGCAGGGCCAGCUAAGCGAGUGAUUUAUGUGUAUCGAGGAUUAGGAGCUUUGGAAGAAAAUAACAAAGUCCUAAUGUCCCAGUUGCAGCGCUUUGUUAACACCAAGAUUCACAGUGUUCAGUUUAUUUCUCCCGAAGAAACCAUAAAAGGUGCUUGGUGUGAUGAGGCCGCCCUGUAUGUCAUCGGAGGUGGAUAUGACCUUGGACUCAUCAAGGCUCUAGGACCAGAGGGAACGAACAAAAUACAACAGUAUGUGCAUCAGGGAGGCUCGUAUCUUGGAAUCUGCUCUGGGGCUUAUUUCGCCUCCAGUUAUAUUGAAUUUGACAAAGAUGGGCCUUUAGAAGUCUGUGGAGACCGGCAGCUGAAGUUUUAUCCAGGUGGAAAAAUUGGACCGCUGUUUGGACCUUACAAAUACAACUCUGACUUUGGAUCUAGGGCUGUUUUACUGUCAUGUCAAAUACCUCAACCAAUGCAAUUAGCCAAUGGAUGUUCCAAUGGACUCAAACCUCGUAAACUGGACCAAUUCUAUGCUUACUUCAGUGGAGGAGGAGCUUUUUGUCCAUAUCCUAAAGGAAAUUUCGAGACCAGGAAAAUCCUUGACAGUUAUCACAAAGAAAAUGGCCUCCCGUCUGGAGAUCAGACAUAUUCCAUUGAAUUAGUUAAGUCAGAUGGUCAUUUACCACUGGGAUCAAAUCACAAGAAAGAAGAAUCUAUAUCCUGUCCAAAAUCAUCACCAACAGAGAGUGAUGUUGAGGUAUUGUGUUCUUAUUCUGAAAUAAAAGGGGCACCUGCUGCCAUAGUGAAGUGCCGUGUUGGUAAGGGACAAGCAGUGUUGAGUUCAGUGCACGUAGAGUAUGACAGUCAGUGCUUAGAUGAUAAGGAUGUCUAUUUAAAACCCAUCAUUGACACUCUUAAGGACUUCGAUACAAAACAAAGUAUUAUAUUUAGAUAUAUGUUGAAAUGUUUAGGAAUUAGUAUUAAUUUGAAUUAUAAAUUGUGAAAAUAAAAAAAGUACUACAAUGAAAAAUUAAAGUGGAUGUGUUUUUCUUUAAUGUUUACUGUAAAUGUAUAUUUUAUACACUGGAAUACAGACAUUUUCUAGGAUAUUAUUUGUUACUUUACCGUAAAGUUAGCCUGCUUUAGAACCUCAGUGCAUAUCAUCAGAGGAUAUUUGAAGUUUUAAAUAGACCGUAAAAACAGCUAAAUUUGCUUUUGAACAAUAUUCCUAUUUGUUUAUUGUUUUAUUCUGCAUAAUUAUCUUAUCAUAAGCACUUGCCAUUAAAAUCUCUUCUUUUUAUAGGUACAAGCAUUGUCCUUUCGAAAAUAUAAUGCUCUAGCUAUGAAAAUAAAUUGUCCAAAACUCCAAUCUGAUAAUGCUCUAGCUAUGAAAAUAAAUUCUUGUCCAAAACUCCAAUCUGAAU